CUUAGGAGUGAAGCAGCCGGUUACUUUCAGGCUCCAACGAACCCCAGCUUCUCUACACGCCUGCAACGGGAUUUUAUUGCUCGUACAUGCGCAUAGACUUCCAGGUUUACAGGAUCACAGCGACUCUCAGUGAAAAUGCCGCUACCUGCUAUGAAAGUAGACCUGAAAUCACUGGGGACUAUCCAGACAAUGAUCGGAGCAGUGAUAUUCAUGUUUGGUAUUGUAACCCAAAAUAUGACCUUUGCAGUGUCUGUUAACAGUGCCGUCAUGUACUGGGGAUCUCUUUGCUUUUUCAUCUCCGGUGCUCUGGCAAUUGCUUCCGUGGACUACCAUCAUCCCCGUUUGGUGAAAUCCUCCCUGGUUAUGAACCUGAUCAGCACUGUGGCUGCAAGUGUAGCCCUUGUUGUGUUAUUUGUUGAUGUGGUGCGCAUAUCUGGGGAACUACCACCGUGUCGGGAUCCAGCAAUAUGUGAUGGUUUCCUGUCUAUAGUUCUUUUACGUGGAACCCUUAGAGUGCUCCUGGUUUUCUCUGUACUUGAGAUCUGCGUGUCCAUCUGGACAUUUGUACUGACUUGGAAAACCAGAGACUCCCUUGAAGCUACGUCUUAGGCGAAGGAUCAUCCGAUCAACAGUCCACGUGAGGAAAACCUCAACUCGCCUUAAUGCAUGCUUAAAACAUAUGACUUGAAUUAAAAAAAUGUGCUGAGGCACCAAAUGAA